GGCUUGGACCGGGUGGCUCUGAGGUGCCCUCCUGGGCUUGACAGGCUUCGCUCAAGGCCGGGUGGCUAGCGACACAGAUCGGGCACAAAGCUGCUUUCCCGGGAGGCAGGUGUUGGGGGUCUCCAGAGGAAAACGGAGAAGAGGUCUAACUGCUCCCCCCAAGGGAGGCCUCACGGCCUGUUCUGGAAGCGCGGGUGGCAGCCCGUGUUCGGGGGCUCACCCCGGCCUGUCCCUCCGCCGGGAACCCGGGGUAGCGUUAGGUCCGUGAGUUCGCCGCCGCGCUCUUUGUUCCGUGGCCUAGGCUUUCCGGGAGGAGCACUUGCUGUAGAGCGGAGUAACCUCCUUGCCCAGGACCACAAAGGUGGGAGUCAAAUCCAGAGUUUAAACGUUGAGAUCGGAGGCUUCUUUGACUGGGUAUAAAGUUGUCACACCGAGAAGCGCCCGUGGACGUCGGCCACGACUUUUGUGAUCCGGACUUGAGGCUUAAUUACAUAUGGCCAGUUCCCGUGCAAAUUCCCUGUUUUCUGCUGUCGGCCGAAACACUGACCGUCAGACACCCUUCUCUGGGCACUCUUCACACAGUCUAUAUUUGGCCUGGGUUUUCUUGAAAGUUUCCCUUCUUUACCUCAUUUAAAUAAGUUAGAUAGGUCUUUCUUGCUUAAUUCAUUAGCAACUCCCUUUAUUGCUUGUGACCAUAUCACAGGAAGAGUGGAUGUGGGUGGAACCUAUCAAAUGUGCUCAAGUCCCAGUUCCACUUGCCUGGACCUAAGCAAGUUGCUUGACCUCUCUACCCCUGAUUUUUUUUUUAUAUGUAACUUGAAAGCUUUGAAAAAGACUAUCUUUCCAGCUAUUCCUGUUUAAAAUGUAAUUCUGUGAAUUAGAUAACUGCCCACUAUGCCACUUUUGCCACUCUUCAUCAUUUAAACCCUUUCUCCCUCCAUCUCUCAGAGGAAUGAGCUUUGAGAGUUGAAGGUGGGAGUCCCUUUCCCUGAAGCAGCCUGGGUUGAAAAAGAUGGUAGUCUCUGAAUUAUCUUUUUCCCUGGACAGGAAAAAUACCCUCUGAAUUAUCUUUUUCUCCUUAUGAUAACAGCAGAAACCAAGCAGCAACAACCCUUGGAGAGAGACUAAGUUUUCUUGACUUCUACAGUGACAGAGAGCUUGUGAAAGUUGGUACUUCUGGCCUACGCUGCCAUCAUCCUACCACCCAGCCCAAGACGCCCCAGGCUGGACAUUAGUGCCUCCCUCUUUAUUUCUCUGUGAUCAUCCAGAUCAGCACCUGACUGUUUAUUUUCAAAGCUCACAAACCCAGCCCCCAGAUCUUCAUGUUCUGGUUCUCAGCUACUAUUGAAGGACAGUGACUUGUUACCACCACAACAGCAGAUCCUGCCUUCCUUAGCAGAUCUCCAGUCAGCCCCUGACAUCACCACCCCCCCUCCCAACCCUUGUCUCCUCUCUUGGCCUCCUAAAUGCCCAUCUCGUUGGCCUGGGUUCAACUGGUGGUAUGGAGGGGUGCUGCCUAGCACUGACCUAGGAGUGUGUGUUACCCACUGACCCAAUGGACAUCAAAGGCCAGUUCUGGAAUGAUGAUGAUUCAGAGGGAGACAAUGAAUCAGAGGAAUUUCUCUAUGGAGUUCAGGGAAGCUGUGCAGCUGACCUAUAUCGGCACCCACAGCUGGAUGCAGACAUUGAAGCUGUGAAGGAGAUCUACAGUGAGAACUCUGUAUCCAUCAGAGAAUAUGGAACUAUCGAUGACGUGGACAUUGACCUCCACAUCAACAUCAGCUUCCUUGAUGAGGAAGUUUCUACAGCCUGGAAGGUCCUCCGGACAGAACCUAUUGUGUUGAGGCUGCGGUUUUCUCUCUCCCAGUACCUUGAUGGACCCGAACCGUCAAUUGAAGUUUUCCAGCCAUCAAAUAAGGAAGGAUUUGGGCUGGGUCUUCAGUUGAAAAAAAUCCUGGGUAUGUUUACAUCCCAACAAUGGAAACAUCUCAGCAACGAUUUCUUAAAGACCCAGCAGGAGAAGAGGCACAGCUGGUUCAAGGCAAGUGGUACCAUCAAGAAGUUCCGAGCUGGCCUCAGCAUCUUCUCACCCAUCCCCAAGUCUCCCAGUUUCCCUAUCAUACAGGACUCCAUGCUGAAAGGCAAACUGGGUGUUCCAGACCUUCGAGUUGGACGCCUCAUGAACCGUUCCAUCUCCUGCACCAUGAAGAACCCCAAAGUGGAGGUGUUUGGCUACCCUCCCAGCCCCCAGGUCAGUGGUCAUUGCAAGAACAUCCCCACUCUGGAAUAUGGAUUCCUUGUUCAGAUCAUGAAAUAUGCAGAGCAGAGAAUCCCAACAUUGAAUGAGUACUGUGUUGUAUGUGAUGAGCAGCAUGUCUUCCAGAAUGGGUCCAUGCUCAAGCCAGCCGUCUGUACUCGUGAACUGUGCGUUUUCUCCUUCUACACGCUGGGAGUCAUGUCUGGAGCUGCAGAGGAGGUGGCCACUGGAGCAGAGGUGGUGGAUCUGCUGGUGGCCAUGUGUAGGGCAGCUUUGGAGUCCCCUAGAAAGAGCAUCAUCUUUGAGCCUUAUCCCUCUGUGGUGGACCCCACUGAUCCCAAGACUCUGGCCUUUAACCCUAAGAAGAAGAAUUAUGAGCGACUGCAGAAAGCUCUGGAUAGUGUGAUGUCCAUCCGGGAGAUGACCCAGGGCUCAUAUCUGGAAAUCAAGAAGCAGAUGGACAAGCUGGAUCCCCUGGCCCAUCCUCUCCUGCAGUGGAUCAUCUCUAGCAACAGGUCGCACAUUGUCAAACUACCUCUCAGCAGGCAGCUGAAGUUCAUGCACACCUCACACCAGUUCCUCCUGCUGAGCAGCCCUCCUGCCAAGGAGGCUCGGUUCCGGACCGCCAAGAAGCUCUAUGGCAGCACCUUUGCCUUCCAUGGGUCCCACAUUGAGAACUGGCAUUCGAUCCUGCGCAAUGGGCUGGUCAAUGCAUCCUACACCAAACUGCAGCUGCAUGGAGCAGCCUAUGGCAAAGGCAUCUACCUGAGCCCCAUCUCCAGUAUUUCCUUUGGAUACUCAGGAAUGGGAAAAGGACAGCACAGGAUGCCCUCCAAAGAUGAGCUCGUCCAGAGAUACAACAGAAUGAAUACCAUCCCCCAGACCCGAUCCAUUCAGUCAAGGUUCCUGCAGAGUCGGAAUCUAAACUGUAUAGCACUUUGUGAAGUGAUUACAUCUAAGGACCUCCAGAAGCAUGGGAACAUCUGGGUGUGCCCUGUGUCCGACCAUGUCUGCACACGGUUCUUCUUUGUAUAUGAGGAUGGUCAGGUGGGCGAUGCCAACAUUAAUACUCAGGACCCCAAGAUACAGAAGGAAAUCAUGCGUGUGAUCGGAACUCAGGUUUACACAAACUGAGGGGGCCCCAGCCCUCGUACCACCCCUGUUCCCCCAGGACCCAUCUGCCCUCAUAAAAGGGCUCAGGAGCAGCAGACAAGUCUGCCCUGAGGAAUCAAGGGGCCAUUACCAAGGGGCAGGAAAAAGAUAGACGAGGCGGCCUUCCUGGUGGUGGUGGAGAUUGACCCAGGAACCACUCCACAUUUGGAUGGCCCAGACUGACUCCUUACCCUGGUUUUCCCAGUUGAACUUCACCCUGUUUGUAAAUAAAACAAUAAAAUGGAAGGUGCUGUGGA